AUGUUUUCAGGUAAGCUUGCAAGAAAACUGGCACUACUCUACCACCCAAGCCUCUCCCAAUCUCUAACUGCUUUCUCCAAAAUUGCCGAACUAAAACAAGUCCACGCCCACAUCAUAAUCUCUGGUCUUGCCCAUAACAUUUUCUCCAAUAUAAGACUCAUAGCUUUCGCUGCCAUCUCUGACUUUGGGGAUCUCAAUUAUGCCACAACUCUCUUCGAACACGUCGAACACCCUACCCUUUUCAUGUACAAUUCCAUGAUCAGAGGCUUCUCUCAAAGCACCCGACCCCUCGAAUCAAUCAAACUCUACAAUCGCUUGCUUCAUGCCCAAAUCUCACCUGACAAAUUCACCUUCCCUUUCUUGUUCCGAUCUUGUUCGAUCUCAUCCUUGCUUGUUACUGGGCAACAAUUACAUGCCCACGUUUCAAAAUUCGGAAUAGAUUCUGAUGUGUUUGUCCUAAAUAACAUGAUCAGCAUGUACUGUAGUUGUGGAGAGCUGAGUAAUGCUAGUCAAUUAUUUGAAGAAAAUCGUAGUAUAGUUGAUGUUGUUUCUUGGACUGCUUUGGUUACUGGGUAUUCGAAUUCUGGUCAUGUUGAUACGGCGCGCCAGUUUUUCGAUAAUAUGCCAUUUAGAAACUCAGUUUCAUGGAAUGCAAUGAUUGCUGGGUAUGCACAGAGGGGUAUGAUUGAUGAAGCCCGAAGAAUGUUUGAUGAUAUGCCUGAACGAAGUGUGGCCUCAUGGAGCACAAUGAUAUCUGGGUUUUCUCAAUGUGGGAUGUGCAAUGAGGCUUUGGAGCUCUUCAGAGAGAUGGUUGGACUUGGGAUCAGGCCAAAUGAGCCUGCACUUGUGAGUGCAGUAUCGGCCUGUGCACAACUUAGAGCAUUGGAACAGGGUGUGUGGUUACAUGGCUAUAUAGAAGAACAACGGUUUGAGGUUAAUGUCACCUUAGGCACAGCUUUAGUGGACAUGUAUGGCAAGUGUGGAAGCAUUGAGAAAGCUCUCCAAGUUUUCAAUGAGAUGCCAGAGAAGAAUGUUCUUUCAUGGAAUUCCAUGAUUGCAGGUCUAGCCUUGAAUGGAUGUGGAAAGCAAGCACUGACACUCUUCUGGCGGAUGCAGGUGGUGGGUCCUGCUCCAAAUGAUAUAACAUUCCUUAAUGUCCUUAGUGGAUGCAGCCAUUCUGGAUUGGUUGAUGAGGGCCGACAUGUUUUUCAUUUUAUGACUCAAGAAUACAAAAUUGAACUUCAACCAGAACACUAUGGUUGCAUGGUUGACCUAUUUGGAAGGGCUGGCCUCAUUAAGGAAGCUUUGGAUUUUGUGACUGACAUGCCAGUUCAGCCACAUCCUGCCUUAUGGGGUGCCCUUGUUGGUGCUUGUAGAAUACAUGGAAAUGUUGAGCUAGGUGAAGAAUUGGGGAAACAUCUUAUUGAGUUGGAGCCACACCAUAGUGGUAGAUAUGCUCUCUUGUCUAACAUAUUUGCAGUGGCAAAGAGGUGGGAUGAUGUGGCAAUGGUUAGUAAACUGUUUAAAGAGAGAAGGGUGCUUAAGAACCCGGGGAACAGUGUCGUGGAAAUAAGGUCACAAGUCGCAACAAACUAA